CGUCCGACCAACAGUGACGGGUCCCUGUCCGAAAGCCGCCUCACGCGUCCGUGCUCCCCCGCCUGCGCUUCUUCCAUCUCGCCUGCGCUUUCCCCAAGAACCCCCUUUUUCGGGUCUCUUUCCACGCACCCACACUACCAUUACAACGUCGUUUCUCUCAAACCCCUCAGGCCCCCCCCCCUCUUUCGAGACCAACGCUUACAGAAGUACCCUCUUUCGUCGAAUACCACCCAAGCGUUCGUUCGCUUUCAAAGCGCCUAUUCGUACCGUUUCGUCUAAGCCGAAAGAGAUGCGGUCCUAUGCUCGUCGCGGCCAUCGAGGCGGAAACGGCUCGAACGGCAACGGCAAGCCAAUGACGGCCACCACCACCACUUCACCAGUGGACUCCGGAACACUGGAGGAAGGCCAAGAGACACACCGACUUACUGCGAAAGACGACAACGAGGUGGACAUCGCAAGGCAGUUCCAGGAAGAACUUGCGCGCAACUCGGUGAAAGUGGAGAAAGAGCUGGCCAUGGCGUCGAAGGCCAGAAGUCAGAGACGAAGUUCGAACGCUGACGCUGGCUCGUUUCGAAGGAGAAGCGUAUAUGGGAGUCGCGACGCCGCAAACGGUUUUGCAGAAUAUCUACCCACCACUACGCCCACCCUCAUAUACGAGAACGAAGAUGGCAUUGAUUCUCUCAUUGAAAGAAUUCAGACACAGGGUCUCGACUCGGUCUGCGAGAAGCCGGAAGAGGGCGAAGGUUCCAAGAAACGAAAAAAUAAGAGGAAGUCCAAGAGCCGCGCCGAUUUGAAGGAAGGCGAAGGCACGACUCUGACUCCAGCCCCAGUCAUCAGCUCCAUCGAGCGGGAAGACCAGGGCUCACCGACAACGGUCGCGAUUGCGGCGGAGCCCAGCGGCCACUCGCCACCGAACCGAAAGACGCGGCUUUCCUCGAUUUCCCCUCCUCAUCACAAGGGCCGCAAAUCGGUCAAGGGAAGGGGCCUUACACCCCCAAUCCUUUCUCCUGUCCCUUCGGUACACCUGCCGAGGCAGAGAGAAUUGUCUUCGGAUAUUCACCACCUGUCCAUUUCGCAGUUGGUCCCUGUGGCACUUUACAGUGCUUUACUGGAAGAGGUACUAUCUCUAGGAUACAACUUGGAGAACGUUUCUCGUAAAUCCGAGUACCUUGGUUCGGCGGAGAAGAACUGCGCCAAUGGCGUCUGGCCGGCAUCCCCCGACUGGCGAUCCGACCCACCUCAGACAACCCACGCCCAAUGUCGCAUUCAGCUAACCAUGCGAGAUGGGGGCCGGCCGUUGUCGGUAGAAGCCCUCCAUCUGGCCAUGACACGAGCAUUACAAACCUCGCAGGCCACCGAGGCCGACAGCCAGGCGUUGCGGGCGACACCAGCCAGCGAAAUCUUCAGGGUGUCUCGGGAUGUACGAACGAAAGGCACAUUGCCAUAUGUGGAGAACCCGGACCGGUUGUUUCCUCCUCGCGAAAAGGCUGAAGCAAGGGUCGCGAGAGCGGACGUUCUCAGUUUGGACCCGGAGCUUCCCCAGCUGGUCUUCCUCGCUGCUCGUCUUGAUUUCGCGCUGCCGCUGAUGAAACGGCUCUGCAACCCGGAAUCGGGCUUCCAAUGCGUCGGCCUCAAAUACGUCAAAGAGCUACGCACCAGCGACGCCGCCCAUCUCUUGUGUUCUGACCAGGAUAGUCACGAAUACAAGUUUGCCAUGGAAGAGUUAACCUGUGCGGGGACACAAGGGUGGAUGUUUCUGGUUCUUUGGAAGGUGGACGGGUAUCGUGAGGCGCAUACGAUCGUUGAAAAAUACAUGCAAUCUUUUCUCAGCAUAUCCGAGACCACCUCGGCUCCGGCAUUAGGGCGUCGCCGGCGUAGGGAGAAGGGUGCCAUGAACGGAUCAACAGCCCCGGCGGAGACGUUGGAGUCUCUAAAGCUGAAGGUGCUUGUUUCCCCCGAUGCGAAAACUGCUUAUGGGCAGAUAACGAUAUUUUUUCACGACUCGGAGCUGGUACCCAGCGACACUACGAACUGGCCGGAUAGGCACUGCCAUCCACCAUGGUACAUGCUAGACCCCCAGGUCGCGAAAACGAUGACCGCACAUCCUCCGUUUUUGUCAACGGUCUGCAUCGUCAAGCAAGAGAAGUUCAGUGAGUUAGGCAACAUCCUCAUGCGACUCAAGGCAGAGCGUUUUGAUAUUGCCGGACUUAAGGAAAUGCGCAUCAGUUUCAACUCGGCCAGUAGAAUGUUCAACCCCGCCGACUUUCAUGGAAGAGUCACGGAAGACUCUAGGCAGUCAUUUAUCCAAGAAUUGACGGCCGGGCCUGUAAUCGUCAUGCUCCUGGAGAGAACGAAUGGCAUCAAGAAGAUGCAAGAGUUGCUUGCCGAUCUGUCCGCUCAUUCCAAGCCCGAAUCAAAACCAGCUCCUUUCUUUCGUCACGGCCUCUACUGUUCCAUGUCUUGGCAGCAAGGUCGGACGCAUCGUAUGACCCUCUUCUCCGAAGGGCCUACGUGUCGAUUAAGGCACGACCGCGAAAAUGGCGAAUUUACGCAGACCCUCAACCCCACUGAAUUCGUGACCGAGGCGCCUCGUUACCCGCGCACAUUGAUUUGCAACCGACAGCGAAAAGGAUUUUUUAACUACGUCAGAUCUCAACGUGAAUACGGAGCGCAGCCCGAGCCGCCACUCCUUCCGCAACCGGAACUUGCGUGCGUUACACUUCUCCCAACAACCCUUACCACUGGAGAUACUUACGAGCUAUGGGGAAUGGUACUAAAACGCCUAUUUGCCCCGGAAACCCCACCGGCAGUCAAAGCGGACGUUUCGGAAGUGGAGGUCGCCCUCCCACUACGUUGUCCGUCUGCUGGGCGAUCGCGGAAUAAGCGUAAAAAUCGUUCGCAACAGAAACGGGCAGCGGUGGGAAAGGCGGACCCUUUACCUCCGGUAGUGCUGGCUCCUCCGUCAGAUGCACACACGGAGACUCCCGUCACUGUGCCACCCCGCAUCGUGGCUACCAAGUACGUUGUGUGCGGCGAGUCAGCGGUGAAGGAAUGGAAACGGUGGCUUCCCGAAUCAUACCGCCCGGACGGCGAGCAACAAUCACCGGUUGUAUCAUGGUCUUCGCGAUUGGAGAGCGACGUCGGGACUACAGAUAUAUCCGAUGAUGAGAAUGCACCACCAUGGGACCUCGUAAGUUUGCUUUCACACCAUUGUCACGGCAUGACGUUCGGUGUCGGCCCUAAUCUCCCUUCUGCGUCUAUUCACCUUAUCAGAUGCAACGCGGUGCAUGUCUGGCUGUCGCUUUGGAAGUAGAUAGCGCCGAACGAGUCAAAGCUAUCAUCGAUAGCCUGCCCGAACACCAGCGCCGUUGUGUGACGUAUACCACGACGUGCGCUGAGGCGUGCGGGCAACUCCCGGUAUUUUUUGGAGAGC